CAAAACACUUGUGGGAAAACAUUUCAUAAGCAAACCCCUGCAAUCCGUUGUCUUCAACAAGAAGACUCGAGCAAGCUGCUAGUACGCUCAGGUUUACGCAUCCUCACCCGUAAAAAUAUCUGCACAUCAUGUCUGGACGCCAACAAAGAGUGUUAGUGCAGCCCAUCAAUGUGAUCUUCAAAAACCUGCAGCAGCGAACAAAAGUCGUUAUAUGGCUGUAUGACAACAUCGAGAUGCGGAUCGAAGGGCGUAUCAUCGGAUUUGACGAAUUCAUGAAUGUCGUGGUCGACGAGGCUACAGAAGUCUACGUCAAAGACGCUAAACCACAACGGGAGCUUGGUCGUAUACUACUAAAAGGCGAUAACAUCACCCUCAUCCAACAGGUGGUAUGAUAUGGUCACCGGCUCUGUUGAUGUAAAAUCUUGUCUUUCUGCACACACCGGUAUAUGAUGUGCUCCCACAAUGUAUCAUAAUAAUUUUGUGCUGCUACUGACGUACCUCAGCAAAUGUUAAGACAUGAAGGACAAUUCGAUAAUACAAC